AUGGUGAUCUCAGAUUCCGUCUGGCAAGAUUUCGAUGCGGAGACGUUCGCGGGUAUGAAUGACUCGAAGAUCCUAUCGUCCUUUACAUCGGGAUUCUUCGGGGGAUUUAUCUUUGGCACUGAGGGUCUUUUGUUGAAUGCCGGUGCUUGGAGAUUGCUUCCUGUGAAUUUCACAAACUUCUCGCAGAGCCAUCCAACAUUUGAGAUCUGGAAGAGCUCGGAAGUCCCUGAAGAUCAGCUUUGCGAUGUGGGUACACGAUUAUUCGGCACUUUUCAACUUCUUGACAAGCACAUAUCUGAAUCCACGGAUUCCCAAUUGAGCUAUGUCGACUUUGGAUUCGGCUCGGACAAGUAUUCUUUCGCGGGAUGCCACCGCUUCAGCAUUACGAGACACCGGAUCGCAUCAGAUUCACAAUCCGAGACCGAGCCGUCAAAGCCUCAAAUUCGAAUUAGUCUGGAAGGAUUCACUUGUAAUCCGCAGACAAAUGAAUUGCCCGUAUCCGAGAUAGGGAAGUGGUUUCAUGCUCUUUAUGCUAGAGCGCUUUUUGCGAAUGGAAUUCAGGCUGUCUUGCAGAGCCAACGUCCAUGGUAA